GUUCCAUUCCUAGGGGAUAGAGGGCUGAGUUUUGUUCGCUUCCAUCCAUUCUGCAAGACGCUAAAGGCCCCUCAUCAACCUCUCCUGUGUCCAGGAACACCUCCGUGGUAAUCACUUUCUCGUUUAUUUGUCUUUUGGAGCAGGAGAUCCUUGCCAGAAGUGGUCGAUUCAGCAGUGUCCUGAAGCUUUUUUGAUGCUGUUUUGCUAGGAUGACACCACAUUGAGAGCCUCUACAAACAACUACAAAAAAUAUUUAUUUAUCCUCUUUCCCUGAAUUAAAAAAAAAACAAAAAACCCAUCAGAUUUCCGGCUAGUGGUACUUUUUUUUAUAACAACUGGAAGGCAGUCCAAGUAGCUACAAGAAGUAAAUUGUUUAUGUUGUGCCAAUCCAGGACAGAUUGAAGAAGGAAGCAAGACUUGAACUGGGCUUUUCUCCUACUGAUCCCAGGGAGUAAAGUCAUUGAUUCCCAUCGCCAAGGAGACAAAACAAUAUAAUAAUAAAAAAAUAUUGACAUUUUUUUUUUCUUUUUAUCCUUUUUUUUUUUUUUUUUUUAAUUGAACCCCUUUUUGGCAGGAGCUGGUGUAGCCCAAAAAAAAUUGUUUUAAUGUUUGGGAUUCAGGAAAAUAUACCAAGAGGUGGGACGACCAUGAAAGAAGAACCGCUGGGAGGUGGGAUGAAUCCAGUCCGAUCAUGGAUGCAUACUGCUGGGGUUGUGGAUGCUAAUACAGCCGCCCAAAGUGGUGUGGGCUUGGCUCGGGCACAUUUCGAGAAGCAGCCUCCAUCCAACCUCAGGAAAUCCAAUUUUUUCCACUUCGUCCUAGCUCUGUACGACAGACAGGGACAACCGGUGGAGAUUGAGAGGACAGCUUUUGUGGACUUUGUGGAAAAGGAUAAAGAGCCAAAUAGCGAGAAAACUAACAAUGGAAUUCACUAUAAACUGCAAUUAUUGUACAGUAAUGGAGUUAGAACAGAACAAGAUUUGUAUGUCAGAUUAAUAGAUUCCAUGACCAAACAGGCGAUUAUCUAUGAAGGGCAAGACAAAAACCCAGAAAUGUGCAGAGUCCUCUUGACACAUGAAAUUAUGUGCAGUCGGUGUUGUGACAAAAAAAGCUGUGGAAACAGAAACGAAACACCCUCAGACCCUGUUAUCAUUGACAGAUUUUUCUUAAAGUUUUUCCUCAAGUGUAAUCAGAACUGUCUGAAGAAUGCCGGAAACCCAAGGGAUAUGCGAAGAUUCCAGGUUGUUGUUUCAACAACAGUCAAUGUGGACGGCCAUGUCCUGGCUGUCUCCGACAACAUGUUUGUACACAACAAUUCUAAACACGGGAGGCGAGCUCGCCGCCUUGACCCCUCAGAAGGUACGGCUUCAUCUUAUCUGGAAAAUGCUACUCCCUGCAUAAAGGCGAUCAGCCCAAGUGAAGGUUGGACAACUGGUGGAGCGACAGUGAUCAUUAUUGGAGAUAAUUUCUUUGAUGGUUUACAAGUGGUAUUCGGAACCAUGUUGGUGUGGAGCGAGCUGAUAACGCCACAUGCUAUCAGAGUUCAGACCCCACCAAGGCACAUUCCAGGAGUCGUUGAAGUAACCCUUUCCUAUAAAUCCAAACAGUUUUGUAAAGGUGCUCCUGGCAGAUUUGUCUACACAGCCCUGAAUGAACCAACCAUAGAUUAUGGAUUUCAGAGGUUGCAAAAAGUAAUUCCAAGGCAUCCAGGGGAUCCAGAAAGGUUACCAAAGGAAGUAUUAUUGAAGAGAGCAGCUGAUCUUGUUGAAGCCUUAUAUGGAAUGCCACACAAUAAUCAGGAAAUAAUCCUGAAACGAGCAGCUGACAUUGCUGAAGCAUUAUACAGUGUCCCACGCAAUCACAACCAGAUUCCUUCUCUUGCCAACACUCCAUCUCAUAGCGGUAUGAUGGGAGUAAAUUCUUUCAGCAGCCAACUCGCAGUUAAUGUUUCUGAGACAUCCCAAACAAAUGACCAAGUAGGCUACAGUCGCAACACAAGCAGCGUAUCACCACGAGGAUAUGUUCCCAGCAGUACUCCACAGCAGUCCAAUUACAACACAGUCAGCAAUAGCAUGAAUGGCUACGGAAAUGCAGGCAUGCCCAAUUUAGGUGUUCCUGGCUCACCUGGGUUUCUUAACGGCUCUUCAGCUAACUCUCCUUAUGGCAUAGUGCCGUCAAGCCCUACAAUGGCAGCCUCUUCGGUCACCCUCCCUUCAAACUGUAGCAGUACACACGGCAUUUUCUCAUUUUCACCUGCCAAUGUCAUCUCUGCAGUAAAACAAAAGAGCGCCUUUGCUCCAGUUGUCAGGCCCCAAGCAUCUCCUCCACCAUCUUGCACCAGCGCAAAUGGAAAUGGACUUCAAGAAUCUGGAGAGGAAGAUGGUUGGGGAGGGUAUACUGCAUGCAUGGGAGGUAGCAUCUCUUUCCUUUUUCCAUUGGGAGUUUGCUUUGAAAAUGGCACAAAACACCCAAGACUUCAUGAUUCAAAAUCUAUGUCCGGUCUAGUAGUACCACCAAUGUAAGUCACUUUUGUCUACUUGCUUGUAGCAUCAAGCUUCAGAAGAAAGCUUCAGGGGACACAUUUAGUGUAUUAAGAAACACUGAAGGAAAACCGUAUCUUCAGAACAAAAAUCGUCAAGAAGCAAAAUGCUACAGAUACUUUGUUUAAAGAUUUUAUUUGAACUAUUAGAAAUCAACAUGCAAACAAGCGACUUCUUCAUGAACAAUUCCAUUUUAUCGACUGAACUUUUGUCAUAUUUUCACGUUUCUCAAUCCUGAAGAACAUGGAAAAGCAACGACUAUUUUGUAUAAAGUUUCUGAUUACGUCUUGGCUAUGUCUAGUACUUGCUAUGUGUUGGGAGAAACUUUGUGGAUGCACCAUUUUGUUUAUCAUGAAACACUGAUGAAAAAUGCCUCAGAACAUUUUUCUGUACUCAUAAUUAGACUCACAAUGGUUAUGUAUCUCUAUAAUGUGAAAUAUUUUUUUGUGGUGAAAAAGGGGGCCAAGGAGGUAUGAGCCAUUAAACUGGAAAAAUAAAAGAUAUAUGAAUCAUUUAAAUUGGGGGGGACUUGGGUGGGAAAAUGGGUUUAUCAUUGCUUAACUUCAUCUUAAUGAAAUGAAACUUUGUAACUUAUUGUAGUUAGAAAUUGUAACUUUGAUAUUGAAUUCUAUUGCCUUCAACAAGCACACUGACAGAAAAAAAUGCUACUGUCUGUUGGUCAAAAAUAUACUUCCACUGCUAGAGCUUCCUGUUAAGCAAGUGUGAUCUGCAACAUUUUUUCAACUUAUUGCUAGCACUGUAUACUAUUGCAUUCUUAGGCUACUGUGAAGUCUAUGUUUCUUGUACCAGAAAUUUGUCUUUUUGACUUCUAGUUCCUUCUUCCCUAAUGUGUUUUGUAUGUGGUUAUAAAAUUGUAGACUUUUGUGAUUUUGCCAAAGUUGUAGCUAAAUAUUUAUACACUUGUCUUGAUUUUUUUUUCAGAUCACUUAAAUAUUUGAAAAGCAAAUUUUAUUCCUUAUGCAAUCCAAUGAGGGAUAAAAUGAUCUUAUCAACUGAGACACUUUCGUUCACACAUAAACACUUGCAGUCACUAUGGGAAUUUAUUUUGUAACAUAUCAAUUAUAAAUAUUGUAUUUAUCUUCGAAAAUUUUGUAUAUUGCUUUCAAUCAUUUUUUGUUCUUGUAUGUAUUGUUAUUGUUACGGGCUGGUGUUUAUGUGCUGAAAAAUAGCACUAAGCCAAGAGCGAUUGCCUUCAUACUGUAUUUUUUUUUAUUGAAUUAUUGUGUCCAUACAUUUCAUUUGUACUUCAGAAAUGUACUAUUGUUUAGACUUUCCGUCCUUUUUUAUUUUAAGGAAAGGUCAAAUUCAUUGUUUAUUUUUAUAUUAUUUUUAAGUUAUCUGAACAAAUUAUUUUGAAUAAAAUUUGUUUGUUGUAUAGUCAAAACAAAACUGUGCCACAUGGCUGUAAUUAAUAUUAGUAGCAAAUGUGCAUGUGAUACAGCCACAAAGACAAUCCAUAUUUGUGGUUGUGUAUAUAUUUUUUAUUUUUUUAUUUUAUUUUUUUUUUAUUUUUUUUUCGAAUGUAAAAAUAAUUUUAGCUGCCACUCAUGACUUGCCACAUAGUUAAACUGUGUUUACUGGAGAAAUUUAGAGGCCUACAUUUUAAAUAUAAAAAUCCACCUAAAAUAUUUUGAUUAAUGAGUUGCCAGAUUAAUUUCUCUGAUGCCUUAAAAUUAAUUUUAUUUUUUAGUAAAUUUUAGUGCAAGCUUACACCUCAAAAGUUUAAUCAUAGCUUAAUUUAGAUAAUUUAUGGUGUAAAAAUACAAUAAAAAACAAACAAAAAAUAAGCACAAACCUGGCAUACAAUUGUCAAUUCUUUUCUGCAUCUGUCUUCUGCUGCACUCUGCAUUCUUCUAGCCUCUGCACUGUUAGUACGUAUCAUAUAAUAUCAUCAUUAUCCACAAUUUUUAUAUAUUUUUUAAUAGAAUUUUUGUAGCAAGAUCCAGUAGCAAAGACUGUACUUUUUAAAUUAGGGUGACCUCCUUGGUAAAUAAUUGAUAGUGCCAAAUACAUAGUUUGUAAAGGUGACAGAAUGGUUAUUUUUUUUCUUUGCACUAAAUGCAUUGCUGUAGUAGCAGUGUAGAUCACUUUGCAAACUGCAGCAGAAUUAACUCUCUAAACAUAAAGGGAGAGACAGAAUUUUUUUAAUUUUUUUUUUUCUUUCUAGGCAAAAUGCACAUUUUAGAAAGGUUUUUAAAAUAGUGAAUGCUAUAGUAUAACACAAAAAAUAAAUAAAUGCAUUGCACAUUUAUUUUAUGCUAGCCAAUAUGGCUAAGCUAAAUGAGAAAAACUGAACAGACACUUUUGAAACAUGAAAUGCCUCAUUUUUAUUUUGUAUAGGAAAGGUUCAAAUUCUAAAAAAAAAAAAAGAGAUGAUGUGUACAUGUUUAAAACAUUUGCAAGUUACUUCAUAAAUGCAAUCUGUUUGUGUUUUAGAUUAGUCCGUCAAUGCACUUCUUGUUUCAUUGUCUCCAGACUGAAAGCUUCACUAAAUGGUAGUUUUUACUGUUUAAAACCAUACAAUAAGAUUGUUUUAUCUGUACAUUUUUUUCCAGAUAUUUAACUGUAUAAAAUGUUCAUUUUACACAAUAUUUAAUUAAAGUAUUUCUUGUCUGUGAAUUUCACUUUUAGUAAUUUUAUCUGAACUUUUAUUAUUAAAAUUCUUGCAAAAUGCUAAGCAGAAUAUUAACUUUGGGUUUCAUUUAUGGGAACUGAAAUAUUGCAAGUUCGUCAAAAAGUUGUUUCACACAAUCAAGUAUUUCCUGAAGGAAAUGUAAGAUGUAAAUGAAAAUAUUUAUUACAUUAUUAAAUGACAUGUCAUA